UAUCAUCCCCAUUUCUACAACAAGAAGAAAUAACACAGAGACUCCUCUCUCUCUCGCUCUCUCUACAAAGUUGGAGAAAGUACUUCAAUGGCUGAAGAUGGGUUUGAAGUUGGUUUUGAAGAAGGAAUGUCCUGGCUUCCAACACAUGUGGCAUGCCAUUUCAAGGAAGAUUUGAGAAGUCAGAGGCACCAACAAAAUGGUGGUCGUCUGAACUUAGCUGCAGAACCACUACUACCGCCAGCGAAGUGUAGCAUGAGGAAACCAAAUCACAGAGCAAGAAAUCCAAGAAAUUGGGGAGCUGGAAAUGGAAUGCAAGCAGUGUUUCUAGAUUCUUCUUCUUCUGCCCAAACAAGAUCAUGCGGCACUGGCGUUUUCCUUCCCCGCAAAGCUGGCUCUCCAUUCCACCCUACCAAAAAGCCAGGUUGCUCUCCUGUUCUCCUCCCCUCACGUGUGGUACAAGCCCUUAAUCUCAACGUGCAUGAACUUGGAUUGCAAAUCAAGCCACCACAAGAUACAAAUAAGGACUCAAAAAGAAGUGGCAGAUCGUAAUGCCAUAACAAGG